GGGCGAUAUACACCUUGUUCUCUGCUUACAAAACCAACACGAAGAAGAAGGAAACUACGAGGCACCAGUUGUUCUGCGUAAUGGAGAUGAUCCGUGUGAUUUCUCAAAAGUUUAAUAUUUGUGCUGAAAUGGGAAUCUCCCAGAUCCUGUGAGUCUUCAAUCACAAAGUAAUUGUUGGAGACCGUUAGUAAAGGAGCUUUAUUUGUUAGUUCUGAGAGUUCCAGCUUUUGACGCUUCCCCAGUUGAUCUGAAUAUAUCAGCACUAUGAGUGAACCAAAGAACAGAGAUGGCAUGCCCAACAGUCUCUCCAAUCGUGAUGUCAUCGACAUACCCGAUGAUGCUUCUUUGAGUGACUCGGAUCCUGAUGAGACUUCACAGCCCCUCAGCAGAAAGGUUGAGGAGGUGUCUUCUUCCUCUGAUGAGGAUAAUGUUCAGGAUGGCAUUGAUGUUCCUCAAGGAACUCCCAAGUUCAGGUUGACUGGAGGGAGUUUGAGUUUCUCAGAUCGCAGCAGAAGCAUCUUUGAUCAGCUGGAUAGUGCUGUGAAGCUUACUUCGAGUCACCUGGCUGAAGACAAUGUCAUUGAUGGCGCGUUUGCUCGACCUGCUCCUCCAUCGCCCCCUAUGAAACGUAAAGAGCCAGAGAGAACCAAGAAAGCUUCAUCAACCAAGACAGUGCCAGACUACCUGCUUCACCCUGAUCGUUGGACCCGCUAUGACCUGGAUGAUGUUCCUGAGACAAGUGACAGAAAAAACAGCCAAGUGGCUCAUGAGUUCAUACAGGGACUCCAUAACCGUAGGAGAUCCCAAGAGGCUGCUGCAAGUUCUUUUAAUCCAGCUUUCAACCAGGACCAUAGCAGCAGCUCAGGGCACAAGAUUAUCUUCUCCAAGCCCAAUAUGGCCUCCAAAGAUGAAGGCAAGGACCUGCACAAGUUGAACCGAGCAAAGACAAACGAGGUUGGUUUAGUUCACUUGGAUGAUGAACAAGAAGAAGAAGGGGGAAAGAUGGCAUCUGUUCCCCACAACCUUUCACCAGAUGGCAAGAAAAAGAAAAGAAAGUGGGUGGACGAAAGCCACAGUGAAGAAGCAAAAGAGACUAAUCUUAUUUUCAGUAGCGGGAGGAAAGUGAACCGCAAGAACUUCCGCAAGACAGUUGAUGAAGAGGACUAAAAGCUUUUGAGUGCAUGCAUAUGCCCAGUGCUGAUCCCCUCUGAGAAUAUUAUUAGCUUAAACUUAGUCUCUGUGAUUUAAGCACUUAUAAUUUAGUUUAUUUGUAAUGGUGGUAAAAGCAACAGUCAAGACCAGAGAUAUUUCUGCAUUUUUCCAAAGUAUGUACUCUGUUCCAUCAUUUGUAAUUUUGUGUGUAUACAACAGUAUGGUAAAGAAUGGCUCACAAAAAGUGAUCAUCUAUAACAGUUUUAAUGAAUAAACAUUGUCCAAAUUAAA